GGCGGGUGCGCGUGGCCGGCCAAUCGCAGGCGGCGUCGCGGCCACCGACAACGCGGCCCCAACGCUCUCGCCGAUAUUCGCCGCGGCUCUCCUCACGCGUGAUCUCCCGCCGCCCAGCGAGUGCCAGAGCUCGUGGCGCAGCAAGCGUUCUGCCUCGGAGAAGAUUUCCUAAGAAGGGUACAAAAUGGGGGACACACAAUACAGUUACGGCAGUGGCGCUGGUGCUGGUAGCUAUGGUAGUUAUGGUGGUGCUCCUAAUGCUGCCUCGCCUCCAGCCCCAGCAUUCCCCCCACAACAGCCACACUACGGGGCAUACUCUACCCCUCCUCCACAAGGCUUCUCGCAGGGACAAGCUCCUUACGCAGCACCCCCUUCAUACAGUGCCCCACCUCCACAAGGUGGGUACGGACAUCCGCCGCCAACUCAGGCUCCAGUUCAGUCAGCACCAGGUGGUGGAGGGUACAGCAGUUAUGAACAAAACAGUACCUACGGCUCUGGAAGCUAUGGACAGACACCUGCAAGCACUGCAUAUGGUAGUCAGCCCAAUGCUAACUUCUCAACUCCUCCUGCCCAAGGAAAUUUUGGAGGACCGCCGCCAACACAAGGAGGCUAUGGCGGAGGCCCUCCAUCUGGGGGAAGUUAUGGUGGUCCACCAUCUUCAAAUGGAAAUUAUGGUGGGCAAGGUGGUGGAUACAACAGUGGUCUAGGCAUGGCUCCUCCCCCCCUGUCAGCCCCUCCAGGCUGUGGUGGCAUGUACGGGUCGCCGCUGAAGCAGUCCCCGGCUCCCAUUCCUAGGCGAGAUCAAGGGAGAGGUUAUUGCAAAGAAAGUGGUGGUGGAAACUACGGGAGCAGUCGAUAUGAUGGUGGUGGCCGAGGAGACCGGUCCAGAGACUCCGAACUGGUCACACAGGAAGAUACAAUUUUUGUGUCUGGUAUGCCAGACCAUGCCACAGAAGACGACAUCAAGGAUCAUUUUGGAUCAAUUGGCAUUAUUAAGAUGGAUAGAAAGACACAACGUCCCAAAAUAUGGAUGUAUAAAGAUAAGGCAACUGGAAGAAUGAAAGGAGAAUGUACAGUGACCUUUGAUGACCCCUACACCGCCAAGUCUGCUAUUCAGUGGUUUGAUGGCAAAGCAUUUAUGGGCAGUAAUAUCAAGGUACAAAUGGCAGAGCGUCCAAAGAGCAGUUAUGAACGUGGACGUGGUGGUGGUGGAGGUGGAGGUGGUGGUGGUUAUGGAGGUUAUGGGGGCAGUGAAGAUAGAGGCAGCCGCAAUGAUAGGGGUAGCCGUGGAGAUGACAGAGGUCGCGGCGAUGACAGAAGUGGCCGAGGAGAUGAUAGAGGUGGUCGUGGUCGAGGAGGAGACCGGGGCUAUGACAGACGUGGAGGCCCUGGAGGCCGAGAUGGCCCUGGUGGUGGUGGUGGUGGUGGUGGACGAGGCCGCGCUGGAGAUUGGAGGUGUGAUAGCUGUGGUAAUAAUAACUUUGCUUGGCGCAAUGCUUGUAACCGCUGCAGUGAGCCAAAACCAGCUGGUGCUGGUGAAGAUGAUGGUGGUGGAGGAGGAGGAGGAUACCGUGGUGGAUUCCGUGGCCGUGGUGACCGUGGAGGGUACAGAGGCCGUGGUGGUGAUCGAGGUCGGGGUGGAUACAGAGACUCAGGACCAAUGAAGGGAGACCGUGGUCCAGGAAGGUCCAGACCUUACUAAAAG